AUGUGGGCCCCACCACUCGUGAGACGGGUAAGACUAAGACCCAUCUCUCUCUCGACCAUCAGCUCCCACCGCACCUCGGCCUCGAGAGCAAGCCUUUUCUCGGCCAUUAUCUCCUCUCUUAUCCUCUGCUUCUCAAUCUCCCUCCAAAUCGACCCCGGCAGCCCUGGAGUAGAGAGAGAAAGAGGGGUGACAUGCGUUUGGUUUCAUGAGGAAAGGCCGACCCGAGCUGGUCCUCAAAUACUGACUUGGGCGACUUUUGAGCCGACCUGGACUACUUCUGAGCCGACUUGGACUACUUCCGAGCCGACCUGGACUAUAGAUGAGGAACAGAUCCCUAAAAUACCGAACAAGUCUUCAGAUGUCGGAGAUGGCCUCAAGUACCGAAACAUGUCCUUAAAGAUACUAAAUAGGUCCUAA